GUCUCACAGGUGUGGUGUACUCCAUGGUGGCAAUCGCCUUCGCUAUGAACCUUUUGUCACUAUCAACGCCCCGCUCUGCGUCGCGGCAAGCGUACCGCUGGGGGCGGCGAUGGGCCGCGCCUCAGGUCAGGAUGUCUUCCGAUCAGACACAGGGACCUGCACCCAUCACACCUGACUUCGUCACGCCCGUGGAGGUUGCCGGCAUCCGCUUGUCCAAGCCAGCCAAGGCGCCUGCAAGAUCGAAGAAGUGGGUGGGUCUUGAAGGCCUGGAUGAACGAACGGCGGGGUCGCUCAUUCCAGAGACUUUGCAAGGGAUGGAAAAGGACGAGGAGUUCCAGCUUACAGCCGCCAAGUUGAAGCAAAUGGGACAAAAAAAGCUGACGCUGGAAGAGAAGAAGAUAAGGCGGCGCGCUCUCAAGGAUCGUAACCUUCCUAGCUUCCAGCAGCACGUGCAGGAACAAGGCAUCAAGAUCAAUCGCGAGAGUUCCACCAUUUUCCAGCUGAACAUUGGACUCUUCUGCAACCAGGCCUGCAGUCACUGCCACGUUGAGUCUUCUCCCCAGCGAAAGGAGAUGGUGAGCAAGGAGGUGGCGGAGCGAUGCAUCGAGAUCAUCAAGAACAGCCCAACGGUGAAGACUCUGGACAUCACCGGAGGAGCCCCUGAACUUAACGACCAUUUCCGAUACAUGGUGGAGGAAGGCCGGGCUCUUGGCCUCGACGUUAUUGAUCGGUGUAACCUGACCGUACUUCAAGAGCCAGGGCAGGAAGACCUUGCAGAGUUCUUGGCCAAGAACAAGGUCCAUGUGGUAGCGUCACUUCCGUGCUACUCGCCGAAGAACGUGAACAUGCAGCGAGGCAGCGGGGUUUUCGAUCGCAGCAUCAAGGGUCUUAUGAUGCUCAACGCGCUCGGAUAUGGUCAACCCAACUCGGGUCUGAAGCUCGACCUCGUCUAUAACCCUAUCGGGGGAUUCCUGCCUCCCGAACAGGUGGCAUUGGAGGUUAAGUACAAGGAGGAACUGAACGAAGCGUUUGGCAUCAAGUUCAACAACCUCUUCACCAUCACAAACAUGCCUAUCAAGCGCUUCGCCGACUUCCUGUACCGGAGGGGAGAACUGCAAGAGUACAUGGAGUUGCUUGUCCGCAACUUCAACACGGCGGCGUGCAGCGGGCUCAUGUGCAAGGAUACCAUCAACGUUGGAUGGGACGGGCGCGUUUUUGACUGCGACUUCAAUCAGCAACUGGGAUUGGGAAUGGGGACGGCUGGGACGAAUGCCGGUGCCUCGGAAAAGCUUCUUGCUGUUAAGGAGGGCUACUCUAUCUUCGACGUUGACUCGGUGGAUGACAUGCAGACCACCGACAUCGUGCUUGAAAGCCACUGCUACGGAUGUACGGCAGGCAAUGGGUCCAGUUGCCAAGGAGCUACAGCUUGAGGACCACAAAGACCUGUUGCCGUUGCCGUCGUGCGUGUUUGGAUUUUUCACGUUCGAAGUACGUUCGCCUCGCGUCUUGAUAGAAUUCCCGUCUCUAUGUUUAUUCGUCCGUAACGAUUGUUUAGCCCUUGAAGCUACGCAUGCGGGGGCGGGCGCUUUGCCCCCGAAACCGCCCCGUCAAGGUGGCAUGAACUUUUCCGUUUGCGUACUGUAUGGGCUUCAAACUUGAACGGUCACCCACAAGAUUCCCGGCAACACCAACUACAAUAAUUUUUAGUAAAUUUUAGGAGAAACAAUUUACGUAGUACCGGUCCUCUACCGCAAAAGCUUGUUCGUCUCAGGACGCAUUACGUGCGCGAUAUGGAAGGCUUUCUGUAGAAAAAAUUGCGUAGACGUGUGAUCUCUCAAAGUCUCAGUGUUGUUCUU